CCUUUUAUCUACUUCCGUAUGCGAUCAAAACAAAAAUGGCGUACUGGUUUCAUCGAAAUCCUUUGAAGGCGACUGCCGUCGUCACUUUUGAGCUUCAUGGCGUGUCCACAAAUGAUCAAACCAGGAAGAUAUUUAGUGACCUGCGUAUGACCCGGAGUAAACUGCUGGAGCUCCUGACAGAUCCAAACCAUGACAAGAUUGUUGUGGAGAAGGCCACGAAUGAAUACUUCUCCCUUCUGCUGGGGAUGUACAUGUCCUUCAAACAAGACGAACCUGUGAACAAACUGAGGAAAAUUAUCAGAUUCAAGUGGACCAGCACCCUCCUUGGGAAUGUUACAAUGGCCCAGAAUGACGUCAUCUUUGAGUUUGCCUCCAUGGGCAUCAAUGUGGCCCUGUGGUACACCAAACAUGCUGCUAAACUUGCUGCAAAGGAGGAUCCUGACAUGGAUGAAGCCAAGGAGGUCCACAAGUGUCUGAGGAUAGCUGCUGGUAUCUUCACGUACAUCAAGAAUGACCUGGUGGGCCAGCUGUCAACAGAGGAGGAAGUGAAGGGCGCGGACACGGAUACGCGGGUGCUGGAGGCGUACAUCAACCAGUGCACAGGGGAGGCCCAGGAAGUGACGUUAGCCCGAGCCAUCGAGAUGAAACACAAUCCUAGCCUGAUAGCAGCACUGGCAGCCGAGACAGGCCAGUUGUACCAGAAAGCUGAUGAUGCCCUGUCUAGUCUCGACGUCAAAGUGGUUGGCAAGUGGAGGAAAUACUUUCAACUGAAAAGUAACUUCUACCUGGCUUAUGCUCACUCGUACAACGGGGAGACCCUACUGGCCUCGGACAAGUGUGGAGAAGCUAUACGCGGACUGAAAGAGAGUGUCACAUUGUACGAGAAGGCGUCGCUCCUUGCCAAGGAGUACGCAAGUACCAAGGGCCCAGGAACAACAGCCAGGCCAGCUGAGCACGUGUUCUUCCGACGUCUUGGACCAGUUGUAAAGAGGACUCUGGAGAAGUGUGAGAGAGAAAAUGGGUUGAUAUACCACCAGAAAGUGUCGUAUGAUCCCCCACAACUUGAGUUGAAGGCCACCUACGGACUGGUCAGCCCUGAGGACUACCAGCCUCCUUCCAUGAACCCACUUUGGAAUGUCGAUACAUACAGCAAGUUUAAUGUCCAAAUGGCUCCCAGACCUGAAAAGAAAGAUGAUAAAGAAGAAAAUCUUCCUCCUGUAAAAGAAAAAGAAGUCCCGAUGUCCGACAAGGACCCCGAAGAAUGUCAGUGGCUGUGUUGUGUCAUAGGUUGCUUUUUCUAUGUAAUGUGUACUCGCGUUGAAGCACAGCAGUACUGUGCAAUAGUUGCCAUGGUUACUGUGUUGUCCACAUAAUCAUUUCAAUCCGGAAACCUUGUUUUGUACUUAUAUUAUUAAGUUUUUUAUUUCUUAACAUGUCAUAUUUUUAAAAAUCACAAUUUCAGUGAGUAAUUCUUAUGGAUAUUCAAAAUUUCCUGGAGAGAUACUUUGUUACCGAUAGAUAAUUACAAACAUAGGAGCAUCUCAUGUACAUAUUGCUUCUGGCAUGGAGCUGUAAUUUAUGUUAUUAUUCCAUGUUUGUAUUUAAACAACAACAUUUAUAACGCUAUAUAAUCAGUCCGUGAUGAAGGUGUAUAUUUUGUACAUAUGUAUGAGACGUCACCACACUAUGACUUCAGCACAGGUCAUGACCUCCAGGUGUGGUUGUGUUAUUCUCAACAGAAUAAAAACAAUGUGUUCUUACAAAGAUGGUUUGUAGAUUAUUCUGCUAAUUGUGCACCAGAGAUAAUAUGUUGACAGUUACAAGAUGGAAGCGAUGUGGUCUUUGUCUUUUUGUAUAUUUUAUGAAAGUAGAUACUUCUAUACUGAAGGUGUAAUGUAGAGACAGAAAAUCCUGUGGGAACGGCUUUCAUGUAUUUUUGAAAGGCCAACAUUAUUAUCAAGUUAUCUGAUGUGGAUAGGAAAACACCUUGUGAAUAGUAAAGCUGGUGUUGUGGGAAUAAUUUAUUAUAUGUGUACACUAGCAGUGGUUAUCACGAUGUGAUUUGGUAAAUUCAUACCUCUCUGCAUGUUGAAUCUCUUAGAGCACAUUCAGCCAGCCCUUGUUCAUGUAUUACAGGUCAGUGUUGGGUUCUAAACCCAGUCUAAUAUUUAGAUUUGUUUUUAUUCUGUCCUUGGUUCAACUGAUUACUUGAGAGAUAAUUAGGGUACCUUAAAUGUUGACAUACAAUGGUUUUUUAACAAGAGGUAGUUUGGAUCAAAAUAAAUUGAAAAGUAAUUGAUUAACAGUAUUUAAUUAAUUUUAUUACUAUGGUCGAUAAUUGAAGCAGCAUCAUUAUUCAGUAUUUUAACUGAACUUCUUGCAUGUACCAUUGAAAUAUGUGGUUAACUUACCCACCCCUAACAGAACCUUCUCUAAUAGAAGGUUGUGUUUUUCUCAUGAAGUUCUGAAUCGUCUUUGAUAUUCAUGGACGGGAUCUUGACAGUAGAAAUGCCAAGAAUAUUCUCUUGCCCCAUAUUUCUCCAGUGGAAUUGUUCUUGUAAAUAUUAUAAUUAUUUAAACCUUCUGAAAGUGCUAAGAACAGGGUAGUUUAAUUACCUAUAGAUUAUUGUUAAAGUUGAUGUGUUAUACUGUGCUAACCACAUGGUAUCAAAAUAAUGUUUUGCAUUGCUAAACAUAUGGAAAUUUAAUACCAUUAUGCAAAUUAUUUUGACUUGAUCCUUUAACUUUAAGUUAUUACCAGAGGCAUUUCUUCUCUAUCAGCACUUGCAAAUGGGAGAUGAGUCAUCUCCAUCAUC